AUGGCACCACGUGGUAAUAAUUCUCUCAACGUCAUCACGCGAAAGUUCAUCGAAUGGAUAAUUCGAGGCGAUACAGUGAAUCUCAACGAAGCCGCCGCAAUACUUCGCGUUUCCAAGCGCCGGCUCUACGACGUUGUCAACGUUCUCGAAGGCAUCGGUGUUCUGGAAAAAUGCGGCAUGAAUCAGGUACGAUGGAGUGAUCUCAGAGAUAGAACUCGCUCAUCAGAUCUCUACUCUCAAUGUGCGAAUUUACGUCAACUCGAAGUUGAGAUUGACAUGAGCGUCCGUGGGUUGGUAUCUGCACUAAAGUGUGUCGAGAUGGAUACCGCAGCCAGUCAAUACGCCUACGUACGGCUUGAAGAUCUGCGAUCAUCCCAAAUGUUCACAGACAAGACUUUGAUUGUUGUAAAAAGUUCCACUCAAAGAGACAUUAAGACAUCUCUCAGCCAACCGAUGAACUCUUUGCUGAGUCAAGUGAAGUUUGAAACCAGUGGAAGAACUACGCUUCAAGGCUUCAUUUCUCCUGCUGGUUCUUAUGUGCACUCAGAUUUCGAGCAACAUUUGUUCGGAAAUGGAUGUCCCAAUUUCCUCACUGAUAGAGCACUUUCGACACCUGGGAUUGACGUCGUGAUCAAGCAAGAAUCUUGCCAUUCGGAGGACUGGAAAGUAAGUUUCUUCAUUAUUUUGGUUUGA